ACCAAGAAACUUUGCACUUUCUUAAACCCCUUUAUAUAUUUUCAAACAUUGUUUUCAAAAUUUAUAGUAAAAAACCAACCAAAUCUUAAACUUCCCGAAGCCAUGGAAGAGGUCAUGAAUUUCAUCACGCGUGCUUUUGAAUUGGCCAAAGAUCAUGAACAAGAACUACCAAACAUUGCCAACAACCCUGAAAUGCUAUUCUCAUCCAUUGAUGAGGUUGAAAAAGCAUUUUCUUCUGCAAAAGAAAGAUUAAUGAUGAUGUUGUCAUCACAACAUGACACAACAACAACAACAACAACAACAACAACAAAAGGUUCUAAUUCCUUUGCUCAAAUUUUGUCUCAUGAUGUUUUCAUGCAAAACAAUCAUGAUCAUCAUGGUCAAAUGGGUGGAAGUGGAAAUUCAAUGCAUGCACAUUCAAUGAAUCAAUUGCUUCUAAUGCAACACUCUUUUGAGAUGCUAAGGUCUAGGGGAACUUUGAUGAUUGGCGAAAUGGGCGGGAGGGAUGUCGAAGGUUUAGAGAUAUCAAAAGGGUUAGAAGGAGAAAUGCAAGGAAUAGAAGAAUCACCAUCACGACCGAAAAAAAGCAGCAGGAAGAAUGAUAUGGAGAAGAGAACAGAGAUGUUUCCAGCACCUCAAAUUGGAAACACUGAAAUGCCACCAGAAGAUGGCUUCACUUGGAGAAAAUAUGGACAAAAAGAGAUACUUGGCCGCAAGUAUCCAAGGAGUUACUAUAGGUGCACACACCAAAAAUUAUAUUUAUGUCCAGCCAAGAAACAAGUACAAAGACUUGAUAACAAUCCUAACAUAGUUGAAGUGACGUAUAGAGGUGAACACAUUUGUCACAAAUCCUUAACAGCACCAUCAUCAUAUCCACCACCACCAAACCUACUUGUCAACAUCAAUACUACUCAAGCUACCAUUCCUCCAGAGGCGUGGCCGCCAGCAGUGAACCUCGGCCUCAGGGGUGGAAACAGUAGCGGCGGACCGUCUACUUCAAGAUUCGGUAUUGAUUAUCCGGUAGCCGAUAUGGCUGAUGCAAUGUUCAACUCAGGUAGUAGUAGUGGCAAUAGCAUGGAAUCACUUUUUCAUCCAAGUGAUGAUAAAUGGGAACCUGAUGAAAAGAUAAACUGAACUAGAUAGAGUAAUUGAUUUGUUGUUGGCCUUUCAAAAAAAAUUUGAUUUGUUGUUGAAUUUAUUUUCCAAAGAUUUUGUCAUAUUAACUCAUUGGUAUCUAGUUGAUAUACAUGUUAUAUAAUGCAAGUUUAUUUUUUUAUGUAAGUUUAGAAUAAUUCGCAAUUGUUUCCCUCAUGUUAUAUAUUUGCAAUUUUGUAAGUUUAAUUUGCAAUUGUUUCCGUGGCAACUU